UGGUAGUCCCCGUCGAGCACUGCGCUUGAGGGGAUGGGGAGGAGUACAGAAUUAGAUGCACGCUUUAGAAUUCAAAUUCCAUGGGAUCCGCAGCAACAAUAAAAUCCCCAAUUUGUCUGGAAAAGGAAUUGCUCUUCUUCAUUAUUAUGUUGAGCGGAGACUAAAGGAUUCCACGAGAGAAACAAUGCGCUGCCUGUGAGGAUUCUUGGGGAGCCACUCGUCCGUGAGGGGGAUUUGUUGUUAGCAGAUUUUGUGGCCCAGACAUGAGCGGAAAGCUGGAAAGUGUGCCGGACCCAGCCCCACCAGAGAGGGUUACCUUGGUGGUGGAUGGCACUCAUUUUGUUGUGGACCCCGCUGUCUUCACCGCUCACCCGGACACCAUGUUAGGAAGGAUGUUUGGCCCAGGACGGCAGCACAACUUCACCAGGCCCAACGGAAAGGGCGAAUACGAGAUCGCAGAGGGCAUUGGUGCAAGCAUCUUUCGGGUCGUCCUCGAUUUUUACCGGACGGGGAUUAUGCGAUGCCCGGACGGCGUUCCGGUGGCUGAGCUGCGGGAAGCCUGUGACUACCUCUGUAUAAACUUUGACUACAGCACGGUGAAGUGUCGUGACCUCAGUGCUCUACUGCACGAGCUGUCCAAUGACGGGGCUCGACGGCAGUUUGAGAGCUUCCUGGAGGAUCUGGUGGUUCCUGCGAUGGUGGGCAGCGCUCAGGAGGGCGAGCGGGAGUGUCACAUGGUGGUCCUGACCGACGACGACACGGUGGACUGGGACCAGGAGCACCCGCCUCCCAUGGGCGAGGAGUAUUCCCAAAUUAUUUACAGCACAAAGUUGUACCGCUUCUUUAAGUACAUCGAGAACAGAGACGUGGCCAAAGCACUGCUCAAGGAGAGGGGUCUGAAGAACAUCCGCAUUGGGAUUGAGGGGUACCCCACCUGCAAGGAGAAGGUGAAGCGGCGGCCGGGCGGCAGGUCAGAGGUCAUCUAUAACUACGUGCAGCGGCCCUUCAUCCAGCUGUCCUGGGAGAAGGAGGAGGGGAAGAGCCGGCACGUGGACUUCCAGUGCGUGCGCAGCAAGAGCGUGCCCAACCUGGCCGCCAUGGCGGAGGGGCUGUCCCGGGGAGGGACCACUCCCGCCCCGCAGGUGGACGAGCUGGACCGCCUCAACGGGCCUGCCCCACACCUCCCUCCCCUGUCCCAGCCCCCCAGCGACAGCUGAACUCGGGCACAGGCAAGGCCCACUGCCCCAUGUGUGGUCCAUAAGCUGCUGUACAUUCUAGUGGAGGUGGUGUGAGCACCUCGCUGGAGAGAGGAAUCAUGUUACGCUCAUGUUUACCGGCCUCAGUAACCCCCCUGUGGACCCUGCAAGAAUACACAUCCCAGAAGAAGCUCUUGAUGGUCCCCACAAGAGUUAGCAGGAAUGUUUGAGAAGGGGUUGGUGAGGUAAAUUGCACCAAAGUAAGAAACGCAGAAAAGCACCGGAUGCCCACUAGCGUUUCAUAGAUUCUUCACUAUUUCUUCAUCUCUUCAUAUUUGUUAGCCACAUCAUCCCUUGUAAAUUUGGGAUAGCGUAUAAGAAGGGUGUGUCUUCUAAAGGGCAGGUAAUCAUCUGAGAUAAUCUCAAGGGCAGGUCAUCCGAGAGUGUAAACUAACCUGUGCAUUCAUUGGGUUUGGUGUGGGAAGACCCCUACUCGUACAGGCAGAUCUGCAGAUGCCUGAUCCACCAGAUGAGCGGGCCUUGCACCUGGAAGCAGGGAAUGCCCUGCUAGCUGAAGCCAUCCCGCUCUGUGUGACACCAUGGCCAAUGAUGGACCUCACUCUGGGGCUGCCAGACCAUGGGCUGCAACCCUGUACAAAGGGCAAGUGCUUUAACUGGAUAUUCCUACUGGCAGGUCACAUUCCAUUUUUUAUUUAGUGCAUAGCUGUGGGUAUACUGUGUCUGGUCAGGGGUAUCAGCAUCUACUCCUGAAGACUGACCGUGGUCAGAAGAAGCAUGAUCUUGUGUUGUUUGGGGUGAAAAAAAACGUCUGUUUGUUUGAGAGCUAGACAAUUUCUUGUGAAGCUGGAGUGUGUGUUUUGUUUGGGGAUUGAAGUAUGGUGAUUAUAGAUUCAAACUGACAAGGUGAAUGUUGGACCUGCCUUUCAGCGUGAAGUAAACGGUAUAACUUUUCAAAUUGAACAGUUACAGAGUAUAACUUUUGAAAACAAGAAAAUGAAUUGCUUACUGGAUUGUUAUUCCAAGUUGCAUUUCAUUGUUAUUCCUAUAAAUGCAUUGCAUAUGUGUCAAUCAUUGCUUAAAGUGAAUCUAUAAUAUUAUUAAAAGUAUGUUUAUAAUGUAACUGGAUAAAUUAGCAAUGUCAGUUAAUUUUCAUAUGGAAUGUGAAUGUCAAUUAUUUCAUAUAAAUUGCAUAUGACUCAAUAUGGGUUUUUUUUCCCCCCACAAUAUUUUUUAGAUUGACUUCUUACAGCUAGUAGGCCCAGCCCAUCACAGUGCAGUGUAAAAUCAUUGCAGUUCCCCAAUCACCCAGAAGGGUUGCUAGUGAGCAAUUAGACUGGGGUUCACCCUGCAAACUUAAACUAAACUAAACACUAGUCGGCACUGGAUCCAGAUCCAGUCUGUACUGAAGGAAUUAGCACUGCUUUCUGCACACGCACAUUAGUCAGAUUUAACAAUGGAAAGGGCCCAAUGAUGCUAUUUUGAAUGUAGGGGGCCACAGUCUAAGUAUUUUUGUUGGUGGAAGCAGAUUUAAUUUGAUCUGCAGUUUUGGAUUAGAGAUCCUCUGCUGCUGUUCAUAGUGGGAUGAAUCUGUGCAGUAGCAUACUAACUGUUGGAUGGAAUCAUGGAAAUCCACGUUUUAGUGUCCUGUAAAGGGCUCAAAGCUCUGCCUGUCUUUUAAUGGUUACUGUACCCCAUUGUUUUUCCCUGUCUCUGAACACCAAAAUAUAAAUCCAGGUUCAUAUUCUUUGAGCUUUUGCAUUUCUUUGUGAAGGGAAUAUGCUUAUAGUUGGUUGUUCCAAUAACAUGGCACCUUGUAGGAUUUAUUUUUACAAAAAAAUGCAAGAGGCUUCAUGUAGCUCUUACCAGAUUUGUUAUUUAUAACUUGUCUUGGACCAAUGUAAAGAUGACUGACGGGUGUGAAGAACUGUUCAAUGUUUACUCAUUUUAGCUCGAGCAGUGCUCAUCUUUCCAAAGAAUUUUCAAUAUAUGAAAAUCAAUAUACUGUAUGGUGUGUGGAACUGCCGUGUAAUAUUUUCCUUACUGUAAUCUUUGUGAUAUAUUAUGCAUCGAGAUUAAAUAUUAUUCUAUUUUUUUCCUCAAAGUUUAAAAUAAAUAUAUGAAUGAUCUAAAAAUAAAAAA